UUCACGUAACGUACCGCGGUUUAGCACGAGCAGGAACCUGGUUAGUCUGCCUCCAUAACAAGCAGAACAAAAAUGUUCAACAAAAAACCCCGGAGGAACUUUCGGCAGAGAAAAGAGAACUCCAGCGACGAGGAGGGCGAGAAGAGGAGCAGAGGAGAAGAAGAGGGCCACGAAACGGCUCCUGCUGCGGUCAAUAAGACGCCCAAACUGACCCCGGGCCGCGGUAUUACCUGCAGCUCCAAGCGGGAAACGACGCCUCCCAAGCCGGACGGCAGUGACGGAGAAGAAGGGGAGACCUCGCAAGGGACAGAAGAAAGAGGAGAAAAGAACAAAGACAAGGAUGGGGUUAAGAAGAAAGCAAACACCGUCCUCAGUUUCUCUAACGAUAAAGAAGCUGAGGAACCAACAUUUAAACUGAAGAAAUCCUCUGAUAAAGCUGUGCUGUUCAAAGUCAGGAGGAGAGAGGCUUCAUCUGCCAAUACCAGCCAAAGCACAGCCUCAGCGGGUGGAGGUGUCUCAACAUCUACUUCGCAAAAUGAUGACAGCCAGGCUUCACCACGUCCCAUGCACCAAAAUGAUGAUGACGAAAAUUAUGACGAUGACACUGAUCUCAGUUCUCUCUCAGAGGCCUCAGCCUCAGACUCGGACUCCAACUGCGCCACUACUCAACCAAUAGUUAUCCCUAAAGCUGAAGAGAUCAAGGCAGCCAGGCGACAGCGACACAGCACUCGAGCCAAGAAGGAAUUCAUUUCCCUGGGUAGAGACGGACACAGCUCCGCUGGUAGCACCCCGGAUCACUACAGUAGGGAAGAUGACGAGGAAAGAGUUGAUGGUGACGACGACGAGCCAGACGAUCACCAGAGAAGAAUCGAGUUCGCGCCGCGACAGAAGAGCAUUCGGGAGAGGAUCGCAGAGAAACUUGGAGAAAGUGAGGGCAGCCGCUCAGGGACGGAUGGAGAAGAACAGGAUCUUUGGGAGGAGACACAACUCGAGAAGGGAGUCAAGAGACAGCCAGGAGGACAGAGCCCAUCUGGCAGUGAAUCCAGCAGCUACAGCAGCAGCAGCUGCAGCAGGCCAGGGAGAAGACGACAGAAGAAGAGAUCAACCGGACUCAGAAUCGCAACUCUUCCUUACGUUAAUAUCUCAAUGGUCAAGAAGAGGAUCACUGCAAAACUGGACUCUCUGAAGGAGGUGCACAGAGCGCGGCUGGCAGAGGUGAGGAGGAUGGAGGGCGAUGUUGAGAACGCUAAAAUGUCCGCGGAGACUCUGGAGGAAAGUUCCUCCAAGAGACAGCUGAUGUUUUACCGGACCAUGACCAUCUAUGUCCACAACCUGGUGGAGUGUCUACAGGAGAAGGUUAUGGAGAUCAACUCCCUGGAACUGGAGUUGCACUCGCUGCUGUCGGACCAGAUGGAUGGGAUGCUAGCGAGACAACAGAGGGUCAAGGAGCAGGCCGACCGCCUGCAGCAGCUCAGCUAUAACAAAGAUGAGCAGAGUUGCAGCUCCGCCGAUCAAACAGGAGCUCAAGGUGAGGUGGCAUCUGGUGUUGAAGCUGAAGAAGAUGCUGAUAUACCUGAAGACCCACAGCCCUCAGCCGAAGAAGAGGAGCAGCUGCAGAAGACAAUAGCUGAGAUCCUCCUGAGAGCCCAGGAAGUGUUUUCUGACGUCCAGACGGAGUUCUCCGACGUUAAGAAGAUCCUGUCCCGAUUCGAGGAAUGGAGAGGAUGUUACUCCGACUCCUACCACAGUGCCUACAUCUCUCUCUGUCUGCCCAAGCUGUUGAACCCCAUCAUCAGACAUCACUUACUGGCCUGGAACCCUCUAAAGAGCGAUUGUGGGGACUUUGAAAACCUCCCGUGGUUCACAGCUGUUGAGACCUUCUGUCACGGUCACGGCCACGAGGAGCUCGAGCACACAGACAGACAGACGCUGUCGAAUGUCAUCGAAAAGACUGUCCUACCCAAAAUAACAGCCUACGUGGAGCUGGUGUGGGAUCCCAUGUCCCGCCGUCAGUCGGUCUGCCUGUCGGGUGUUUGUCACAGACUGAGGGAGGACUACUCCCUCUUCGAAGGAGAGCAGAGUAAACCGGUCAAGGCCUUCAAAGAGGCCGUGAUCAGACGACUGAGGAGCUGUGUGGAUGAAGACGUCUUCAUCCCUCUGUACCCCAAAGAGUUCCUAGAUGACAGGUUGUCUCCUCAGUGUCGAUUCAGGGAUCAACAGUUCUGGACAGCCAUCAAACUACUAGGCAACAUGGAAAAAUGGGAUUUUCUGCUUCCGGAGUCUGUUUUGAAGGAACUGAUGUUGGACAAACUGCUGAACCGAUACCUGGUGAUCACCCUGUGCAGUCAGUCGCUGCACGGGGCUGUGCAUGCAUGCACAAAGAUAGCAGAGAGUCUGCCACUCUCUUGGUUCAAAGGAGAGAACGCAUGUUUGCCUCCGCUCCACAAUUUCAGAAACCACCUGGUUCAGGAGAUUCACACCAUCUGCAAACGGCAACCUCCUGCAGACCCAAACACCAGGUCUGUGGUGGUGGAAGUGUUGCAGAUUCUGAGUAGACUCAGGUGCAAUGACUCCAUCAUGGCAAUAGCAGAGAAAUACCACUAUGAAGACGUCAUCUACGCUCAUCAGCUGCUGAACCAAGACACCGUAUGAACGACUAACCGUGGAUCGGGUUUCAACCGUUACUUCUUAAAGACACUGUGCAGCAGGAGAGGAACAGUAGAGGGUUAGAGAGCCGUGAGGGCAAGUAUCGUCUGCUUAUGGUCAUUAACCACCGUUUGCACACUGUAUAUACAAGCCUGUGAGGUAUGAGCCACGCAAUGGUACAAAUGAUUUGUUUGAAGCACACUGCCAAGAAAGAGUGGAUGGAAUAAUGUUUCCCCCUCCUACAUUUUAUUUCAAUCAGUCUGUUUUGUACAGGAGAUUACUUUGUAUGAAUAAAUAUUUGAAUUUUA